UCGGGCAAUGGCGGAUUCGAUUCCGGGUUUCCCGGAAUAACAGACCGACAUCUUAACCUCCUCCCGUCAAAUUAUAUCACAGCUGUAAUGUUUAAUUUGUCACCCAAGAUACUAUAAUAGUACUGUAGAUAUUUUAAUACUGUACGGAUAAUUCACUAGAGAAUUUGAGAAAAAUUCGACUUAGUCCGGUUUUCAUUGGUUGCGACUUUUUAGGAUUUGAUAAAAUCGAAAGACCGGAGUUUAUUUUAACGUAAAAAAUCAUUUAAAAGUAUAUUUUAAAAUUAAUCCGGCAUGGUUGCCGGUUGUAAUUGUAAGUAAACUAUUAUUGCCUACACGCAUUACAUUUGUUAGCGUUUAAAACAAUUGUUAAGAAAUUUUACCUAGGAUUAAAUGAAUUAUAAUCGGGAAAUCACCAACGCUGGUUCAAAUUUGAGAGAGAAAGACGGGGCAGCGAUGAACCGCGAUUUAAUAAUUUUCGGUCGACGAAUCGAACGUAAAUUAGAACAGAUGGAUGCAAUCUCGUCUAGAGUAGAAGACGCCAUCGACAACUUGACGUUAUCCAGAAUGUUCGAACGGAAAUUUUGGAAAUUAUUUUUGAGUUUUAAUUUAUUUUUUAUGCCGUUGACCGUGGCCGUCGUUUACGAGUAUUUUACUUUCGACGAAAAUACGAAUCUACGAGAUCGAAUGGGAAAGAAAAUUUUAUCCACGUUUCUCCUGGCAAUUUCUAUGGUGGCGGGAUUGCCGUUCUAUUUGUAUCAAUUGGGACAAGUGGAAAAAUUAUUUCGAUAAAUUCUGCGCCACUCGAACGACGGAAAGACUCGAGAGUUUCCUUCAGAAAUUAAAUAAAAUUCUUUCUUCGUGUAUAAAUUAAUACGACUUUACGUUCGAAUCAUUUAUUAUAAUAAAAAUGUCGUUUUAUUUAUUUAUUUACUAGCAGAUUUUUGCCCGGCGUUGCUCGGGCAAAAAGUAACGAUAGCGAAGAUUAACCCUCUCCCUCUCCCCUGCGGGGGAAUUUCCAAAAAUCCCUCCUUAGUGUACUGUACAUUCUCAUGACGUAUCCUAACAGUAUACCAAAUUUCAACUUUCGACUCGUAACCGUUUGGGUUCUGCGCUUAUUAUCAUCAACCCAUCUCCAAUACAUUAUAAGAUAAUCUAAUUACUGUACAGUACACAGAAUAGAUAGCUUUAACCACUCGUUACGUAAACGUGCGCCAAUACGUCCGGUGUAAUUUUUAAUCAAAGGAAAAAAAUGUCGUGGACGUCGAGCGGGUUUAGUGAAACGUAUCGCUUUCGCACUUAAAAGUGUACCAAAUUCGGUACGUCUUCGUAUAAUAUUCGGCAAGUGAACUCUAAGACUAAGUUAGUGUCGGGAACGUUUACGUUUAUUCUACGUCGGAAAAAGAGGAAUUCUAAAAAUUUCUAGCCAGUGCCUACUAGCGACCAGAGUUAAACCCGGCCCGCAUACGGUACGCGGUAAUAGAAUAUUGUACGAUUUUGCUUAGGUUCCGCCGGCACGUCGAUCGUUGCAAACGGCGCGUGACGUAUUAUUGUAUUAAUUUCUAUGUUAAUUAAAAGUUCACCAAAAGCAAAUUUUAGUCGAAAAUAUCCGUGACGGCUCCCGAAGUCAC